AAAAGCUUUCACAUAGUCUCUCUCUUCUUCCACUGUGCUUUGACGAGACAACGCUUUCAAACGCUUCAUAAACUUCAAAACCUACGCGUCCCUUCCUUCUCACAACAACCAACACUCCAAACACAAACCCUAACUCUCUCUCUCUCUCUAGAAAAUCCAUUUCUUUCAGAGAUUCACUUUCAAUCUUUCAGUAUCGAUUACCACUGUGCUUCAUAUCGUAUAAUUUUCGCGCCUAAUCCAUGUAUGGAAGACAAAGACAGAGCACCCUCCGUUCCCGCAACCGCCGGCGAAUUUGUCGGGAACUCAAGCUGGACUCUCGGCGUCGAUGAUUCCGACGGAACUCAUUUCUUCUCCGCCGAUAGAGAGAAGAGCAUAUUCGGCGACAUCGGCUGGAAUCUAAUACCGGACCGUGUCGGCACCGACGAAGGAUUGUUUCCACCGGUUCAGACAGAAACGGCACCAGCGUCGUCUUACCGGUCGAAUAAUCAAUCAAUUUCUUCAAGCUCCAGUGAGGAUCCGCCGGAGAAACCUACCAUCUCCGAUGAAAAACCGUCUGAAAUACCGAGUAAAAGUAAGAAGAAGGGGCAAAAGCGAAUACGGCAGCCACGUUUUGCAUUUAUGACAAAGAGUGAAGUUGAUCAUCUUGAGGAUGGGUACAGAUGGCGGAAGUAUGGUCAGAAGGCAGUUAAAAAUAGUCCUUUCCCUAGGAGCUAUUAUCGCUGCACAAAUAGCAAAUGCACGGUCAAGAAAAGGGUUGAGCGUUCCUGUGAGGACCCAACUAUAGUUAUAACAACAUAUGAAGGUCAACACUGUCAUCACACCGUUGGAUUUCCUCGAGGUGGUGGUGGAAUCAUUAGUACUCAUCAACCUUCUUUUACCACCCACCAGUUAUCUCCUUCAAUGCCAAUACACUUUUAUUAUCCUACAGAAUUAAACACCUCCACCACUACUACUAUUUCUCAGCCUUGCCAACCACUUCACGAUGCUUCGUCGCCGCCACUGCUGCCUCCUACCGAUGAAGGACUACUUGGAGAUAUUGUACCACUUGGAAUGCGCAACAGGGACGAGAGAAAUAUUUAAUGAUAUAUAUACUUCAGAUCUAUACUCUAUAUUACAAAAAGCAAAAUAAUAGAGAUGCUGAUCAAGACAAAUGGCAGAGAAUACAACAUAUAAUUAUUGGUUCCUGAUGAAGAAUACAUUUUGUGCAUAAAAUUUAAUUUAAGAAUAAAUACCUUCAUAUAUAUAUAUAUAUAUAUAUUACAAUAAGCAAAAUAAUAUAUACAGAGAGAGAGAUGCUAAUAAAGACAAAUGGUAGAGAACACAACAAAAUACUAGUAUAUAUUGGUUAUCGAAUAAUACAAGGUGCAUCAAAUUUAUAUAUGAAUCCUCCAUGGGUUUUUGGUUGGAGGGUAGGGGAUAGAAGAUUAUUAAGUUUUUGUAUUUAGUUUAAUAUUUAAAAGGGAGGAGAUUAAAGAGUCAAAUUCGUUUCUAGAAUCUA